GUAAACAUCGCCCCUGGGUUGGCUAGUGAAGGAGAUUGAGGUUUGACAGCUGAAAGACUACAGAGGACGAGAGAGAGAUGGCAGAAGCACCAAAGAUGGAGCUCUUCAUUAAGGCAAGUGAUGAUGGUGAAGGGGUCGGCAACUGUCCAUUCUGUCAGCGGCUUUUUAUGAUUCUCUGGCUGAAGGGAGGUAAUUUCACCCUCACUACUGUGGAUAUGAAGAGAGCUCCAGAGGUCCUGAAGGACUUGGCUCCAGGCUCUCAGCCCCCUUUUCUCAUCUAUAACGGAGAUGUGCACACUGACACUAACAAGAUAGAGGAGUUUCUGGAGGAGACCUUAGCACCCCCACAAUAUCCCAAGCUGUGCUGUCGCUAUAAGGAGUCUAACCGUGCUGGUGACGACAUUUUCCACAAGUUCUCUGCUUACAUCAAAAACCCAAAUCCUGGACUCAAUGACAUGCUGGAAAAGAAAUUUCUGAAGAGUCUGAUGAAGUUGGAUCAGUACUUGCUCACCCCACUUCCAUACGAGCUGGACCAGAACCCUGAUGCAUCCCAGUCAACCAGACAAUAUCUAGACGGGGACUCCUUCACUCUCGCCGACUGCAACCUUCUCCCCAAGCUACAUAUUGUCAAGGUUGUAUGUAAGAAAUAUCGUGACUUUGCGAUCCCAGAAGCACUCAAAGGUCUGACCAAGUACCUGGAGAAAGCCUACCAGCGGGACGAGUUCCGCUGCACAUGCCCCAACGACUCUGAGAUCCUCCUGGCCUACCAGUCAGUGGCCAAAUACCUCAACAAGUAGAACUAGAUUGAGCACAGGAGGAGAUGGGUAGGGUUUGGGAAGGGAAUGGUUCUGAGAAAGCUCGAAGGCAAAAUUAAUGUAUACAUAAUAACAUGGGUAGCAUAUCAUCUGGGUUGUGAGGGUGGAGGCUGUUUUUCUACAGAAUUACACUAUGUGCAUUGUGAAUAUUAUUUUCUUGUUUUGAUUUGUACCAUUGUUCCAAUACUUUGUCCCUUUAUGUUAUGUUAUAUAUUACUUUUGACCCACAUGUACAUUGUCUUUGUGGAAUCAAACAUUUGUACAAUUUACAGAGUGAAAUUAUGUUUUCAUUGUGACAUUUUACAGUGUGUGAAAUAAAACUGCAUGACUUUGAAA